AUGAAGGGCACUUCCUGCAUCUGGGUCCUGCUGCUUCUGCUUGUGCCAGCUGCUGGGACACGGGUAUCCACAGCCUGCGGCCAGCCCCGCAUGUCCAGCCGGAUCGUGGGUGGUCAAGAUGCCCAGGACGGAGAGUGGCCGUGGCAGGCGAGCAUCCAGCACCGUGGGGUGCACGUGUGUGGGGGAUCGCUCAUAGCUCCCCAGUGGGUGCUGACGGCAGGGCACUGCUUCCCCAGGCAGGUGCUGCUGGGUGAAUAUCGUGUGCGCUUAGGGGUGCUGCGCCUCGGCCCCACAUCGCUUCACACACUCUCUGUGCCUGUGCGGCGGAUGCUGCUCUCCCCAGACUACUCAGAGGACACAGCCAGAGGUGACCUGGCCUUGCUGCAGUUGCGCCAUCCAGUGACCUUGAGCACCCGCGUGCAGCCUGUCUGCCUGCCCAUGCCUGGGUCCCGCCCACACUCUGGCUCACCAUGCUGGGUCACUGGCUGGGGCAGCCUCCACCCAGGAGUGCCACUCCCAGAGUGGCAACCCCUUCAAGGAGUCAAGGUGCCACUGCUGGAUUCACGCACCUGUGACCACCUCUACCACAUGGGCACCAAUGUGCCUCAGACAGAGCGCAUAGUACUGCCAGGGAACCUAUGUGCUGGCUACGUUGAAGGCCACAAGGACGCCUGCCAGGGUGACUCUGGGGGGCCCCUGACGUGCAUGCAGGCUGGGCGUUGGGUCCUGGUAGGUGUGGUGAGCUGGGGCAAGGGCUGUGCUCUGCCGAACCGUCCAGGUGUCUAUACCAACGUGGCCAAGUACAGCCCCUGGAUUCGGGCUCACCUCAGCCUGUGA